AUGUCUCAAUAUCCAGCCCCCAUUCAAAUUGACAGCAUUAUGGUCGCCAUCAAUGCUGUUCAGGCCUCGAAUGCGGCAUUCAAAGCUAAAGGAACUCCUGGUAUGGUUGCCGUGUUUGCGGGUGCAACAUCAGGUAUUGGUAUGGGUACAUUAAAAGCAUUCAUCAAGUACGCAAAUGCUCCCAAGGCGUAUAUCAUUGGACGAUCGGAAUCAGCUGCAGGGCAUCUACUCAACGAUCUGAGACUUUCAAAUCCGUCAGCAACACUAAACUUCCUUGAAGGCGAGAUUUCUUUAAUCAGAGAAGUGGAUAGACUUUGCGAUGAGAUUAAGAGGAAAGAAGAAAAGGUCGAUAUCGUAUUCAUGAGUGCAGGCUAUUUGUCCUUCGAUGGUCGAAAUAAUCAUCUGAAGGGAUUGACAUCCCUCAAUCCCUCCGUUACUAUUCUCGUCUCCCGUUUCGCCUACAACUUGGUUCCCCUGCUGCAAACCUCCCCCAACCCCCGAGUUAUUUCAAUCUUAGCGGGGGGGGGGGGGGGGGGGGGGGGGCAAGAGAAAUCGAUUAAUCUCGACGAUCUCGAAGUAAAGCAAGAUUUCACCAUGAUUAAAGCGGCUAGUAGUGGAACAACCCAAACAACUCUAGCUUUCGAAGAACUGGCGAAGUCGAAGUCAUGCAUAAGUUCCAUUCACAAGUGUCCGGGAUUUGUGGAUACUGGGGCUCUUGGUAGAUUGAUGUCUUCUACAACGGGUUUUUAUGCCAUUCCAUCAACUUUCUUUAGAUGGGUGAUGUUACCUUUUCUCAACUUAUUUGCAAUGAGUGUGGAGGAAGCGGGAGAAAGGGGAUUAUUUUUGGCAACUAGUGCGAGGUGUCCAACUACCGAAUUAAGAGAGGGGGCUAGUUCGGGCGUAGAACUACCUGCGGGUGUAAAGACUGCAAGGAGUUCGGUGGUCGACGAAAAUGGGAAUUUGAAUGGGGUUUACAGGCUCAAGGCAGAUGAUGAGAGUGCACCUGAUGGUGACGUUUUUCCGAGUUACAGGAAGGUAAAUGCAGGAGAGAUCGUUUGGGAGAGCACAGUGCGUGUCUGGGAAAGAGCUUUGGAGAGGGCAUGA